GUUUUUCAGCCAAUCACCACCUAUCUCCCUCGGCAGUGGCUCCGCCUUAUGUAGGCGCAAUUCUCCCAGAACCAGCGGAUCCUUUUUUAUCCAGCAUUUCGCUCCAUUAUUAUCCGGAUUAUUUAGAUAUAGUUUAACGAGUGUAAGUGGGAAAUUACGUUUUUACAAAUCAUGAUCCUAGUGCGGAUCUUCAGCGGGUCUGCGAACAUCUGAAGCGGGUGGAGUGAGAUGCUUCCCCGGGGCGCUGAACCUGCUCCGUCCCGCACACAAAGCCUGUAAAGCAGGCCGAAUUUUUUCUCUGCCUCCGCGCCGAUGAUGCUCAAACAUGACGGGGAAUCAUUUCAAAGGGCAGGAAGUCAGCUGCUGCAUCAAAUACUUCAUUUUCGGGUUUAACAUCUUGUUUUGGGUGAGUUGGUUUCCAGGUUUUAUUAUCUGCGCUUCUCUGCGGCGCGUAACGGUCAUUAUCUCAUCCACCGGUCAGCACAGAGGAAGGCCUCAAUUAUUGCGUCUUAUCAUGGCUCCAUGAUCUUUUAUUUACAUGUUUAGAGUGAAUUCAAAACACCCAGGCCUCUGUGAGAUUAUACGUUAUCAUUUUAUAUCCAGUAUGUCCGGAGGAAACAGCUGCUGGUCAGCUGACCACGCAGAGAGAUAAUCGGCUUUUUUAGCUGAACUGAUGAGAGCUGAGCAGCUCCAGGCUGCAGCUUAUCAUUCAUACUGUCCAUGCACCGAGCAUUGACAGCACACAUUAACACCUGACACUGCAGGCUAGACUCAGAUAUGACGUCAUUUACCUGAAAACAAUGAUGUCAAUAAAAUCAGGUGCAUGCAACCUCAGCAUAGAUCAAUUCUAAGGACGGGCUGCAGCGAGAAAUCACUGCGACGAGGUGAACAGAUGAUAAAACUGUUGGAAGGCCUGCAGGAGUAAAAGUGUGCAGAUGAUAAAAAAUGCAAAUAGAAAAGGGAAGGGUUUAUGUAACCAAACCAAUGGGACCUGUUAUAAAUGUGCGGAAGAGAACCAUAUUUUAUGUAAUGUGAAAUAAAAGCCAAAUUUUUAAGUAAAGGCAAAAAUCUUUAAAACAAACAAAAAUCAUGCAUGUAAACUUGAUUUGGAUGUCAAACUUUUACUGUAAGAAUCAAAGGGCACGAUACAGUACAUUAUGAUAUGACACAAUAUGAUACUAUAAUGAUUUGAUAGACAUGACAUGCUAUAAUACAGUAUGAUUUGAUGCAAUGGAAUAUGAUGGCAUAAAUCAUUACAUUAUUGCCAAUCUAUCAGUUUGUAUCAAUUUUCACUUCACAACAUGUCAUUGCAUUGCUCCUGAUGACAUUGUGUUGCAUUGCAUUACACUCCAUGGCGUCUUAUUGAAGUGUAUCUGUAUAACACUUGAUGCAAUGCAAUAUAUAAUAACCUGCUACAGUUUACAAUGCAAUAUAGUACAAUACAAUUAGUAUGGCAAUCACAUUGUAUUGUUUCAUACUAUUCUGCAUCAAUCAUAUAGAAACCAACCAUUGUUAUGGGACUGCAUUGCAUCAUAUUAUACCUUUGUAAAACUAUACAAUAUGGUACAAUGCAAUGCAGUUUAAUUUGAUAUGAUUCAAUUCAUAACAGUGCUAUAAAGAGCUACAUGAUUCAUAUAGCUGGCACAGUGGGACACAUCAUAUUGAAUCAUACUGUACUGUAUCGACCAUAUUGUACAUUACCAGUGCCAUAGUGCCGUUUUACAUCAUACUGCAUCUCAUUAUUCUAUCUUGUUAUGUUACACAGUGAUUCUCAGCCUUGGGUAAAUAUUUUAUAAUGUUACAGCAGCACUGCAGAGCUGAUAGUUUUGCUCUCCGGAUGUAAGAAAGUGUUUUUGUGUUUGUUUAGUGCAGAGUCAACAAAUGUAAUGUUACUCUGGUUAAAGAUUUUAUUUGAUUAUGUUCAUUUUACAUGAUUGUGAUGUUUUUCAGCUUCUUGGCAUGGCCUUGGUUGGAAUAGGACUGUGGGCCUGGAGUGAGAAGGUGAGUGGGAUAAUACUCUAUCCUCACUAAAAUGCCACUGACCAGCUGUUCAGUACGUAAUGGGUUUAUUUUUGUUCCAGCAGCUUUUCUCCCUCUGACUUCAUUCAAGUUUCAUGUUGUUUGUGAUCACCGCGCCCCGUUUGGAUUAACAUGUUUCCUGCUGCUCAAACAAAGACCCGUACUUUCUCUCUCCCUCUGUCACAGGGUGUUCUGUCCAACAUCUCCUCCAUCACUGAUCUGGGGGGUCUGGACCCAGUCUGGCUCUUCAUGGUGGUCGGGGGGGUCAUGUUCAUUCUUGGAUUUGCAGGAUGUAUCGGAGCGCUACGAGAAAACACUUUUCUGCUCAAGUUUGUAAGUCCAGACUAAAGGUUUCUAACAGAUCAUAAAGGAUUGGAGUCAUCAUGGCUUCUCUGUCACCGAGCUUGACUCUGUCUUUGUUUUUCCUGCUGUAGUUCUCUGUGUUUCUGGGGAUCAUCUUUUUCCUGGAGCUGACAACGGGCGUUCUGGCGUUUGUGUUCAAGGACUGGAUUAAAGAUCAGCUCAACCUGUUCAUCAACAACAACAUCCGGGCGUACCGGGAUGACAUUGAUCUGCAGAACCUCAUCGAUUUCACACAGGAAUAUGUAAGUUUGAUGAUGGAGAAACUCUGCAGAUCUGAGAUUUAUGACUUCUUAAAGUGAAGAAAUGUUUCCAGAGCUUUGAACCACAGCUCACACACUAAAUGUGACAUUAGAUCAUGCUCUGUAGUUAAAACUCCAUAUUGUAAUUAGUUGGAAUAUACUUAUAUCAGUCAUGCUCUAAAUUAUGUCUUCAUCACAAUUAUGGUGUAAAUGUGAUUUUGAAUUUAUGCUAAACCUGGAUGCUUGCCCAGUAAGUAAAGUCUAAAGGCUCUCAUGCAGAUGAACUUGGAGAAAGAGCUCUGUUGGGACGCUUUUUCUCCGUUUCCUAUUUUCUGUUUUUGCAAAAAUUAGAAGCUACAGAAAAAAUUAAAAGGAAAGGUGAGGGGAAAAAAAAAGUCUGCACCGUAAGCCAGAUAUUAAAAAUUACAGAGUCUAGUUUUUAACACAGAAGUCCAGAGUGUUUGUUUAAUAAAGCAGUGAAGAUAGGAGUUAAAAUCUACGAUAUGUUAUAGUAUGAGAUAAAGACGGAAAUAAAACAGGCAAGAAUAAGAAUGAUGAAGAAUCUACUUAGUGGUGUUGAAUCUGUUAAAAGUGUACCUGUCACGGCAUGCAGGGCGAAACAAAGAAGAAAAAAAAUGCAGAACAAAAAAGUAUGUAAUUAAAAGAAAAAAAUGAAAAAAAAAAGCAACAAAGGGAGAAAAAGCCAAAAGGGCAAAAUCACAGGGAGCAACAGGGGGACACAAGCAUACACAUUGACAUACAGACAAACAAUGAACCAACAAGGACAGAGGGGAAGACAGAGACUAUAUAUACACACUGGUUAACGAGGAACAGGUGAGGCAAACGAGACACAGGUGAAACUCAUCAUGGGUGAUUAACGAAGGAAGGAAAACUGAGGAAGUAAAACCAGACUAGAAACACAAGAAAUCAAAAACUACAAAAUAAAACAGGAAACAGUGAAGUACUGAUCCAAAGGAUAAAACACUGAGAACAGGCGGGAAACAGGGUCAAACACAAACGGAAAACUCACAAGACUGGAUCACAGGAACAAUAGUGAACAGAAACAUUAGGAGAAACACAAAGAAAAUACACUCAAAUAACAAAACCAGGAAAAAUUAAAUAAACAGAACAUAUCAUGACAAUACCAUCACUAAAAGUUAUCAACUACAUAGUAACUGUAGUAGUACGGUCACCUUUUCCAUUUUAGAAAACAUUAAGUUUAGAAGGUUAAAAAAACUUGAAGUUAUUGUCUUUUUAUUCAGAACAAAUAUGAGAGGGUUUGAAUGUCAGGACUUCCACAGCUGAGAUCAGAGGUUGGUCUAGUCAGUAAAAUCUGAGAAGUCUCCUCUGCAGCUGAUCCUCAAAGGACAGGACGUUAGUGUUUCGGUGUUUAAAACCAACUAAGAUUUAAGAGGGUUAAACAGUUUCAAACAGAGAUCAGAGUUCUGCUCUGUCAGCCAACAGCAGCAGCUCUCAAUCUGCUUUAUCAAGACUCCACACUACAAACCCCCAAUCUGGUCUGAGUGGAUCUUAGUAAUUCUUAAUAAAUGGAGCCAACCAGGUCAUCAGGUCAGACCAGUUCACCUGUGAUGCACUUCAAAUCUGUGUGUGCAGAGAAAAGUUCUUACUGCAUUUCUUGAGUUAUGAAUCCUUUGAUGAUCUCCUCCUUCUUUUGCAGUGGGAGUGCUGCGGGGCUUUCGGAGCAGACGACUGGAACCUGAACAUCUACUUCAACUGCACUGACGGGAAUCCAAGUCGGGAAAAGUGUGGCGUUCCCUUCUCCUGCUGCACUAAAGACCCAGCGGUAUGCGCUUCUGACUGUGUGUGCUUGUAAACUGGGAUACAGUUAGAUACAGGUGCAAGAGCAUCAGGGUCAGGACAGGACCAAACUCAGGAAGCUUCUUCUUAAAGCCAAACUCCAUUAACAAAAACCAUCAGUGUACCUCAGACCCAAACUUUGAGUACUAAUGCUGCGUUCCAGAUAGCUGAUAGUCGGAUGUCAGAGCUGGGAGUGACGUUACAUCAGAGUUAACAGUGUUCCAGUAAACAAGUCGGAAAACCAAGAUGGACGCCUACUGUUAGCCGUUGUUAGCUAUUGUUAACAAUUCUCAGCUGCCAUUAGCCAUUGUCAGCUGUCUUUAGCCAGUGUCAGCUGUCUUUAGCUGUCAGCUGUUAGCCAUUGUUAGCUGUUGUUAGCUGUUGUCAGCUGUAGUUAGCCAUUGUUAGCUGUUGUUAGCUGUUGUCAGCUGUAGUUAGCCAUUGUCAGUUGUUGUCAGCUGUCGCUAGCCGUUGUCAGCUGUUGUUAGCUGUUGUUAGCUAUACCAAUUGUAAACAACACAUAUUUUACUCUUACAACCACCAUACCACCGUUUUACAGUUAGACGUUAGGUGGUACAACAUAUACCACUUAUUUAAUUUCAACAAAACAGAAGUGCUAAAAAAUAAUACAUUGCAAGAGCUUUCACUGUUACUCAUUACUGUUAAUGCACUGCGCUGCCAUCUUGGAUUAUAAUGUUGUCCUCAAGUCGGGGUUGGUGGGGAUCGUCCUACUUUCUGAGUUAGAAAUCCAACUUCAGAUGACUUUCCAACUUGGAGCUCGGAAAUCCCGACUUCUGAGUACAUCUGAAAUGCACCAUUAGCUUGGUCACUUAGAGAUGAUCGGCCCACAAAAUUCCUUAGUGAUGCUUUAAAACAUCCUUUUAUACUUAAAACAGGUCGGAUGUUUUAAAUGUUGUUUUUUGUCUUCAGGAGGACGUUAUUAACACUCAGUGUGGAUACGAUGUUCGAGCUAAACCGGUAAGUAAAUUUGAUCAUCUAGACUUGAUUUAAACACUGUAACUGCUCUUAAAUGUGCUCCUCUGGUUUUCUUCAUGACUCCGUCUCAAAGGUUUGCUCCAGGAGAUGAGGAUUUAGCUCUGGAUUCUCUCUGUCUUCUGCUGAAAUGUAUUUAAAUUGUAAAGUUGAUCACAUGAUUUUAUGCUGACCUCAGGACUCUGAGCAGAAGGACUACAUCAACGUUAAAGGCUGCGUGCCUCAGUUUGAGAAGUGGCUGCAGGACAACCUCACCCUGGUGGCUGGGAUCUUCAUCGGAGUUGCUCUUCUGCAGGUCGGUUUAAUUCACGAGGAAAAUGAUUCUUCUGUAUCACAGUUCUUGUGAAUUCCUGACUUUUUCAUGUGUUUUUGCAGAUCUUCGGGAUUUGUUUGGCUCAGAACCUGGUGAGCGACAUCGAGGCCGUGCAGGCGAGCUGGUGAGGACGUGAUUUUGGUUUAUUUUGACUUUGCGACUCUCAUGUGUCUUCAUUCAAGCAGCUUUAUGUCUCUCCCUGAGAAGCACAUCAUCCAUCAGUUUUAACUGUUUCCAUCUCACUUCAUAAAGACGAGUCAGCUCUUUGUUACGGUCUGAACGAAGAUUUAUGUUUCAGAGGCAUCAGUUCAUUUAAGACUUUUUGAAUAGUUUAAAGUGAGGGUACUUUUUUCGAGGUUUCACCUUCACUGCUUCAAGAUUUGUGUACCACAGUAUAGAUAAACGUACUUCCUAACUUUGGCAGAACAUUAUAUUGAAAUAAAAUGAAACGUUAAUGUGUUUUCAUGUGCAGUAUCAGAUUUUAUUUUUUUUUUGUAUGAGCUCACAGUGUUAGAAGUUGCACUAAAUUUAAAGUUUUAUUUACUGAAAAUCCAGAUAAAAAGAUCUUUCUUAGACACUUACGAGGUUUAUUAAAGUGCCAGGGGAAACAGGUUAAGAACUUAGAGACUUUCGACUUUUUGACAAUUUUUUUUUUUACAAAUUUCCGUCAGAAUUUUUUCCCUUUUUUUUACAUAUUUUCUUUUUUUUUCUUUUCUAUUUUUUAAACUUAGAAAAAAAAAUUUCUCAAACUCUGCAGAGAACAUAAGAGCAUGAGCUCUCCAUCAAACAUCUUUUCUCCGUGUUGAAGAUGUUUGAAGCGCUCGUCCUCCAGCUGACAUGAAAAGGGUUGAAGGUGUUUCUGAUCUGUCAUGAAGCAUAAACUCACCUCACACCUCAUUCUUCCUCCUCCAUGCUUCGUCAGGGUGCCCCCCCCUCUGUCCAUGCGCCGACUCCCUCCUCACUCCAGCAAGAAAGCAUCGGCUUACUACACAUGAGACACACACACACACAUACAGGCUGUGUGUGUGUUUGUCGCCGGUGGGUGUGAUGGAUCCAUGUGCUCACUGUUUGUCUCUAGCCUUGCCGUGAUUAGCUGGGUGUUUGGUGUGGUGUCUUAGUGCGUUUAAGUUCCAGAUAUGUGAAAUCGAACCAGAUUUGUGUAAAACUAUUUUCUGAUCUAAAUAAUGUGCCGUAAGAGAAUCUUUUUAAAGAGUAAUCAUAACAGGGAAAGUUUAUGUGGAGCACUGUCAGAGUCAAAGCCAGACAGGACACUCUCCUUAAAGUGUUUAGUGACUUAAAUUUUCAUCCUUUUAAAUUUGAGCUGAAAUCUGAAUCUGGAGACGUUAGGAAAAGAGAAUUUGGUUGUUGGACUUGAGGAAAGAAAAAGCAAAGAGAGGACUCUGAACUCUGCAUCUCUGUGUGUCUGCAUGUUGAUGAGCGUCCUACAUGUCCAUACUGAGCCGUACAGUCUGAGUGGUUUGCAUUAAUCAGCUGUGGAGUCAUGUGACCUAGACUACAAUCCUUUCCUUGUUUCCUUCCUCUGAACACAUUUCUUCUUCUGUCUUUUUUAACCUUCACUUUCUUCUUCUUCGUCUCUCUCCAGUGCGUAGAUUAGAGCGCUGACCCUCUGAGGAAAUCUGUUCCCUUCUUAACCCCUGAGCGAGUCUGUCUUCUUGUUUUGUGUCCUGAACUUUGUUUUUUGUGUCGAACCUCACAGGAAUGCUGCGUCUGUCUUUAUUUAAUGAGUCAGAACAGAAUUACUCAUAAUUUUACUUCUUGUCUCCUCUUUACCAGUUUCUUCACUUAAUACUGAAGCAGCAUUUCAACUCUAACAGGUAACAGACUUCAAUAAAGUCAAAGGCUGUAUUAGGAAAAUUUGAUUUUCUGUUAACUUAAAGGCGGGGUAGUCAGGAUCUGAGGAAGUGCCAGUUUUUGGGAGGAAUCUUGAAUGUAAACACUACCCCUCCCAACCAGUUUUCCCCUCAGCUCCACCUCUGCCCUCCGUCUCUGCUCCAGUAAGCCCCGCCCACAAACAGACGCUCGUUCUGGCUCGCAUCCUUUUUUUUUUUUUUUUAAUUACAAUUUGUUUAUUGUUUUCAUUUUUAUGAACAUGUAUUCACAGACAUGUCAGUACAGCUCACAAAGAACAGGAACCCUUUCAAACCCCUCCCCUCCCUCAAAAAGAUCUACGGUAAAUGAAAUGUACACACAAGUAUUAAUAUGCAGAAUGAGAAUUUAAAAUGUUGGCUACACAGACAAAACGAAACACAGCGAUAUUGUGAUACUCCCAAAUGUCACCAAUAACUAAUAGCUAUUGACGGAUAUUAAAAGCUUUUUUGUAUAUACGCCACAAAAAAGAUGCUUCUUUGACAGAUUCCUGCCUACCCCACGUUUAAAACUCCUGUGAGGAGUUUUCUGACAUUUAUGACGAAACUGAAAUCUAUGUUGAUACUUUUUUAUGAAACACAAAAGCAGACAAGAGCAUCAGCAACAAGACUGAUCAUUUUUAUUUUGUACUUCUUAAUGUCUGAACUUGGUGUGAGGAGGUAGGUGUCAGCUACGCUGCUGAAGAAACAGCCCUGAUUUUACCAUUUACACAAAAAAUGUCUAAAUGAUAAAUGUGACUGUUUAAGUCAACAAAAUUACAAUUCUGCAGGUUUGAAAUGAAAUAUUAAAAACUUUUUUUUCUCUAAAAGAUUUAUUUUUUUUAACGUUUCACUUAAAGUACCAGGCACAAACUUUGUUUGCUUUUUAAAUUCAAAUGAUUUACUCAAGUUAUUUUCAAGUAUUUUAAUGACUUUUAAGGAAAUUUUUAAAUUAAAGUCAUUUAUGGUUUAUACUGAUAUUUUUUUUCUUUGUCAGACAUUAACUGUACUUUUUUAGGAAGUAUCAAACAAACAAUAUAAAAAAUAUAAUGAUUCUUCACUUCAGAAAACAAAUCUGGAAAUCUGAUAUGUAAAUGAAUCUUAAAGUUUUGUUUCCUUUUUUUCUCCCCAGCUUUUGGUCUUGAACGUGCCACCUUGAACACACCACGGAGGCGUUUGAGGACUUCACGAUCACCUGAACCACUUUGGUCUCUGAACCAGCACCUUCUUUCUGAGGCACUAAUCAGAUGUGAAAUCUCUGUACAUAAUAACACUGUGUGAGUUCUGUAAAAACAUCACUGAUGGAGGGAGACAGGCAGAGGGUUCUACGUGCACCGCGCUCCAGUUUUGAUAGAAACGUGUAGAGAGUAGGAGUUUUGAUACAUCUUUUUGAUAUUAGAUCAGUAUUUUUCACUGUGGAAACCACGCUCCAUCAGCACAUCCAUUGUGUCACAUUAUAAAGACUCCGAGGAGGCUCUGCUCAUUUUUAAGGUUUAAUGCUCCUUCAUGACCCACGACCUGACCAGGACUGAGUUACCACAGGGCACAGUCAGGGAAAGUUGAAAAAGUUAGCACUGGAUCUGGAUUAUUUUGGUAACAGUAUAUAAAAAAAAACUAUUAGUGGAAACAACCCUUUAAUUCUGUUUAAUCUGUGAUUACAGCCAUUCCUGCUUGCUAAAUAAUCUGCAUUAUCUACACUAAGUGAAGCCAGUUCCUCAAAUUGCACUAGUGAUGUGUUUUGAAUCCUGUUCGCUAUAAAAGGGCAGAAAUACGUUAAUUUUCCUUAACCACGGAAGAAAAAAUAACCUCAGAUUAUUCAAAUUUUCCAGGAUUAAGAGUUACCAUUUCAAUAAAUGAAUCACAGCUAAGGGUAAUUCUGGUAUUUUUCAGGAAAGCUUAAAGGCAGCUUAAAUGAAAGAGCACAUUUGAAACACUGGCAAUAAAAAGUGAAGAGGGUUUGCAAAGACAUCUUGAGCAAUUCCAGAUUUUUUGUACCAAUUUGUAAUUUGGACCCAAAGUAAGUAAAAAAAAAAAAAGUUGGAUUUAAAAAUCUUUCUCAGUAUAUUAAAAAAUUACUUAAGUUUUCAUAUGGCAGCUUGAACUUAAAGAUUUAAAUCGCUUCUUGAUAGGCUCACUUUUUUAAAACUCUUUUUUUAUACAACAUAAUUAUCUGUACCAUAUGACUCUUGGACCAACAGGUUGGUGUAAUUAUUCCUCUUUUAUUGGCUUAUUUCCGGCCUAUAAAGGUCCCCGGUUGUCUGCAUCUAUCCCAUCUUAAGUGUGAGGAGCAAUAUGCUGCCUCUCUCUGCAGCAAACAUAUUCUGAUUACAGGCAGUCAUACAGAUUAAAAUUUUUGUGAGCUGUGAUUGCUCUGAUUUCAGUUAAGCGAUUUUUUAUUUUUUAUGAGCCAAGGCCAUGUCAUUCAAUCUUGUUUACUUGGAUAACAACAAACAUCUUUAUGAUAUCCAGGAUCAGAUAAUCUGGUUUCUUAGAUAUGGAUUUUUCAGACUAAGGAAAAACCUUUUGUAAUUUUUUUUUUCCAUUUUAAGAAUCUAAUUUUUUAAGAUUUAAUCUCACUUGAAAUUUUUAAUCUGAUCGGAUUACUCUUGAGUGGCCACACCCUUAUCAGUGUUUUAGACCUUCUGGUAUGAUUGGAGGGAAUAUUAACAGCAACCAGCGAUUGUUUUUGACCUGUGUGUGACAUGUAAUUUAAGGAUGGGCUCUGAAACAUUUAAAACUCUUUAAAAUAUUUUUGUGUUCUUUUAAAAGGGAAAACUGUAUUAUGAAGUUAAGGACGGAAAACUUAUGUAUGAGAGGUUUAAGGAAUAAAACUCAGUCCAUUAACACCAAAUAUGAGAUUAACGGGGUUAAUGUCUUCAUUUUUAAAGGGAUAAUCCGCCUAUUUUAAACCCUUUUAAACAUUUGUAAGGCUUAAAAGGAUAAAGUUUGUGAAAAAAGCUUUGUGAUGUUUGCAGCUGUAAUGUCAUUAUUUCAUUUCAUUGUUUUUGUUGAAGGAGGUCACAUUUAUAACAUUUUAAAUCAUUGAUGGUAUUUAUACAUGAGCUAUUGAAAAGUUGAAGUCAUAAGUGCGUAAGUGGGACAUUUAAACACUUUUUGAACACUUUCUCCACACUCUUCUCCUAACAUGAAUGAAAACUCGUGUCCAACACGGAUGUUUCUCACUGUUUUGAAGAAGCUUUUCUAUCUGAAAAAUAAAACCCAGCCUGCAUAUUUCAUGAACAUAAAGUGUUAAGACGUGGAUUUUACUCAGUGUUUCUUCUGAUGGUUUUUAAGUGAUUUGUUGCUGAAAGCAUGCGUCACUUGUUUUGUUUGUAGCAGAGUAUUUCCAUGUGUUUUCAGUCAAGUUUGUUCAGGUUGUUUGGAACGACCUAAAGGGAUCAGCACUGGUUUUGAUACUAACGUUUAUUUAUUGUAUUUGGUUUUAAAACUUCUGAUGAAAACCUCUGGGUCAGAUUUGUCUCUGCAGAUUAUCGUGCCGGGUGGAGGAGGUUGUUUUCUGGAGCGGACCUCUCACUCAUCACCUCCUCGUUCACCUCUGAGGAUUGUUUAGAUGAUCACAGUUUCUCCCACAAACAAACAUUGUAAUGUAACUACCUCCUCUCAUCUCCUCGUCUCCUGUCCUGCUGAAAUCAGACUGUUUUAAUAGAGUUGAAUUAAUAAUAAAGGUGAAAAAAAAACAUGGAUGAAGCAGCGUUUUGUCGUCUGUGUUUUUGGCACACUCA